AUGGAGGGGGGCGUCAAGGGCCCCAGUGAUCGCAGAGGUCAAAGCCUCCACGACACUGGAGAGAAGGUCACCAAAGAACGGGGGGACUGGGGAGGAGGGGAGAGGGUGGGGGGAAGGACCAGGAAGGGCACGGGGAAGGAGGGGAGGGGGCUGGGAGGGAGCGGGGGUGAACGGGGCUUGCUGGGGGUAGGGGGAGGGCGGGAGGGCGCCAGGAGGGGGAAUGGGGGUGGUGAGGAGGGGGGUGGGGAGGGGGGGAAGGUUGCAGGAGAUGGGGGGGCGGGAUGGUGGGAAGGAGGAUGGGCCAGGCGGACGGGACCAUGCAGGAGGACCCGCAGAGGCAACCGCGUGGUGCUCCACAAGGGAAGGGACCACAGAGCGUCGCUGAUGGGCGCGAAACACUUUAAUUUUAGGGCAGCCCUGGUAGUUGCCCGUGUGGGCGCCACCACAGCGAGCACAGGUGGGGGGGACUUCCCGUGGUUUGGAACAGGAGGCGGACUCAUGGCCACCGGCGCACUUGACACAGCGCACCGCACGAGUGCAGUCACUCGCAUAGUGCGCCAGGCCCUGGCACCGGUAGCAAAUGAGAAUGAGGCGCCGGGAACGGGGCUUCUCGAUGGUGACCGGACAUCGGUUGAUGGCAGGGAGAGUCAGGAGGACUCUGUUUUCUGGCGUGUCGUCGGCAGAGACAAAGUAGAGGGGGGUGGGGAGUUUGGUGCGGGGAGAGACGACACGCGAAAUGACAGCUGGGGUGAUGUUGAGGGCAAGCAGCGCCUCCCGGAGGUCGGCGUCGGAAUAUUUGAAGGGCAGGCCGCGGACAACAACCCGGAGCCACCUUGA